CGUUCUUAUUCAUGUAACUUUGCCCGUUUUCCGCUCUUGCGGAGGAGACACUUGCUUCAGAGCGGAUGCAUCCAGCUACAGUCCACCGGUCCCAGCUAAGGAUGGGGUACUGUCACUUCACCCUGCUGCUGUUUGUUUGGGCGAUCCCCUGUUUCCGGUCUGUUUACCCCCCAUCUGUCCAGAGGAGCAACACGGUGGUGGAGCUUCUGGAUGCGUCCGAAUAUGUAAAAGACUUUUACUCAUCUUCUUCCCUAAACUUCAGACGUCCCUCCAAAGACUUAGUGCAACCUCAUGACUACAUGCUGUCGAUUUAUAAAACCUUCUCCACAGCAGAGAAACUGGGACUCAACGCCAGCUUUUUCAGCUCCUCAAAGGCUGCAAACACUGUCACAAGUUUUGUGGACAGUGGGCAAGAUGACCUCCCACUCUCCCCUCUGAGGAGACAGCAGUAUCUGUUCGAUGUUUCAAGCCUCCCUAGAAAAGCAGAGGUGUUGGGAACAGAACUCAGGAUAUACACCAAAGUGUCUGGGAAUUUCCGGAUUCCGGAAACAGAGCCGGUUGACAUCCAACUCCUCUCCUGCCAUGAUAAGCAGCUGCUCAGCUCCAAAACCCUGGACCUCCAGGACUCCAGUGGCCCGACGUGGAAGGUGUUGGAUGUGUUGAAAAUAUUCAAAGAGCACCGGGGGAAGCAGCUCUGUCUGGAGCUGAGAGCUGUGCUGGACAAGCCUGAGAGGGAGCUGGACCUGCACCAUUUGGGCCUCCACCGGCACGGGAGGCUUCAGCAGAAGAAAGCUAUCCUAGUGGUCUUCACCAGGUCCAAGAUUAGGCAGAACCUCUUCAGUGAGAGAAGAGAGGGCAGAGCGCUGCUGGAUCUCCACAGGAGGACAAAAGAAAGGGCCCUCGCCACCACCGCCAGCAGGAAACGUAGGAGGGCUGCGCCCGGGGGCCGGCACGGGAAGAGGCACGGCAGGAGGUCCAGGUCCAGGUGCAGCAAGAAGCCGCUGCACGUCAACUUCCGAGAACUGGGGUGGGAUGACUGGAUCAUAGCCCCCCUGGAUUAUGAAGCUUACCACUGUGAGGGGGUGUGUGACUUCCCCCUGCGCUCGCACCUGGAGCCCACGAACCACGCCAUCAUCCAGACUCUGAUGAAUUCAAUGAACCCCAGCAACAUGCCCCCCAGCUGCUGUGCCCCAUCCAAACUCAGCCCCAUCAGCAUCCUGUACAUCGACUCAGGGAAUAAUGUGGUCUACAAACAGUAUGAGGACAUGGUGGUGGAGUCCUGUGGCUGCAGGUAGUGGCUCUGACAGACUCUCCCCCCCUCAUCUUCAAGAUAAUCGGAAUGUAACUGCAUCAUCCUGAUGAGGCUCCACUGAAAAACAUUGACGACUUCAGUCUGGUGGAGAUUUAGAUCUACUUGGUAUUUGAUGCACAGACUCACUGAUCUCUGAGAAACUACAUUAAACUAAUAAUGUCCUGCUAAUAAAUAAACAUGUUUUUCUUUUUGAAGAAUUGAAUUCUAUCAUUUAUGCACUUAAGUAUCUUUAUGUCACAUUUAAGCUGCAAAAUGUAUCCAAACUGACACAAACGUCAAGGAUUUUGGUGUUUCAAAAAUUAAUAUAAGAAAAACAAGUUUAACAUUCUAACUUGGUAAAAGUUAUUUGGGCUUAGG